AUGCCAAAGCGCUUGCGGGAAACGGCGAAGCGGGGCGCAAAGGCGAAGGAAAAGAGGCUUCCCGCAAAUGGCGUGUCUCCCGCCGUCGCGGCGACCUGCAAGGUGGGCCUUGACGCGUACAUUCGGCGGUGGAUGUCCGAGGCGGCCGGCGCACGCCCCCCACCGCCGCCGUCGUCGCUGCCGCCCGUCACGCCGCUUCCGACCGUUCUCGAUGUGAUGAUGCGUGGGCCGCCGCCGCUGGGCGCUGCGGCGGGGGACGGCAAUGACGCCACGGCGCUGGCGGGUAGACGAGAGGAGGAGCGCGGCGCGCCAGCCGUGGCGGGCACAGGCGUCGUGUACGACGAGGUGAUGCUGCAGCACGAGUCCACUGACCCAACGGACUACGAGCGUCCUGGGCGACUCAGGCGGACGCUGGAGCACCUGCGUGCGGUGGGUUUGCUGCAGUGCUGCCGCCGCCUCCCGCGCCACGUGGCGCGCACCAAGGAGCUUCGACUGGUGCACUCCACGGCCCACAUCGACAGCGUCGACCACCUGGAGCUGGCGGCCCUGCUGCGCAGUCCGGGGACCUCCUGCAGCGUUGGGCAGGACCUGUACGCAAACGCAAACACCUCGAAGGCGGCUCGCACGGCGGCGGGGUGCGUCAUGGCGGCGGCACGAAGUGUUGUGCGUGGGGAGGUGUCUAACGCGUUUGCGCUUGUGCGCCCCCCGGGCCACCACGCAGGCGCAAACAAUGCCUCGGGUUUCUGCUUUUUCAAUAACGUGGGGGCUGCCGUCAGGGUGGCGCAGCAGGAGUUGCGCGAGCGGGGGACCCCCGCCCCCCGCGCCCUCGUGCUCGACUGGGACGUCCACCACUGCGACGGGACGGAGAGCAUCUUCUACGAGGACCCCUCCGUGGUGGUGGUUUCGAUCCACCAGUACGGCGCAGGCCGCGGCCACGUGCUGCGCAAGACCCCCACCGUCUUCACCGACACCAUCGACCUGAGUGCGCUGGCCGCGCUGAUGGAGGAGACUACCGGGGAGGAGGCCAACAGCAACGGCGGCAACGCGUCCGUUGGAGGAGGCGAUGAUCCUCGGCCUCAACCGCUGGAGGGAGAGGAGGAGCAGCGGCGGCAGCAGCAGCAGCAGCAACAUGAAGCAACGGCGGGUGAGGGGGACGGCGAGACGAGGGCGUCUCGCCGCAAGCCUGUCGACUACGUCAAGCUUGCGGCGGACUUGGGGGAGGACGAUGCGGCCAUCGCGAUGAUGUUCGGCAUCGCACCGGAGGAGCUGAACAAGCCGUCGUCGUCGUCGUCGUUUUCCUCUGUGAACAGCAGCGGCAGCGGCAGCAGCGACUCGCCUCCCCCAUCCUCCGCCGCCCCUGCCGCACAGAAGAACCUUCCCGGAGACACGGAGGGGUUUUCCUUCGACGAGGAAGUAGACACCACGGCGCACGAAAAGUUUUACCCCGGCACGGGGCACCUCGAGCGCGUUGGCGGCGACACACAGGUCGAGGCGCGUGGGAAAAACAUAAACAUACCGUGGCCCACCGUGGGCAUGGGUGACCUGGAGUACGUGCAGGUGCUGCUGGACGUCGUGGCCCCCGUCAUGCGGGAGUACGCGCCGCAUAUUGUCUUUAUUAGCUGCGGCUUCGAUAGCGCCGCGGGCGACUUGCUGGGCUCCAUGCGUUUGUCGCCGUCUGGGUAUUACAUCCUCACAAGGGCGCUCGCCGCGCUCUGCCCACGUCUUGUUGUGGCGCUCGAGGGCGGCUAUCACUUGUCUAACGUCGCACGCUGCUCGGAGGCCGUCAUGCGGGCGCUGCUGGAGGCCGGCGGGACGGCGCCGCUGCCGCGCAGCCGGAUGCUCUGGUGCCAGGCGGAGGAGCUCGUGCAGCAGGUGCGCCGCACCCACGUGGGCCACUGGCGCUGCUUCGCCGACGCGACUUAA